CUAUUCACCACGGAUUGAGCGGGAGGAUUGUUGUAGUACUCAUCUUCUGUUACUCCGUACCAUACCACCUACCGAGCCGAGUUUGAUGGUGGCCGAUCCAAGAAGUAUCAAACGGCCGAAACCGUUUUCUUUCGCCGUCGACUCAGCCGUGUUUGGCGCACGUGGUACGAAAUAUGGAAAACAAUUUUCCCGUUUCAGUCCUUUCCAAGGAACCGUGGCGUGCACAUCGUAUUGUUUCGCGUGUUAUGAGUGGCUCCAUUGGAAAAACCAUUGCUUUGAGACAGCUCUUCAGCUAGGGACACGGUUGAAAUCCUUUGUGGGUGCGUGUUAGUGAAUGGUGAGGAUAGUUUUGUUUGGGUGCGUUUCAUUGCCAUCACAACCAAGCAGCUGUGCAUCAACACGGGGGUGGGACACGAUGAUAAUGAUCGUCAUCAGUCUCCUCAUCAUCGUGGGGCCUAGCAUCAACGUCUAACAUCUAAGACGUCAUGAACCAGCAGGUUGUUGGCUGAAUGUACUAAAUUAUCGGAUACCUCCACACUAUUUUUUCCCCAUUCUCCUGGGGAGGAGAUUAUAAACACUACAUUCGCCCACACCCACCCGCUGACAGUAGUCACACGGUUCAGGAUUCAACGGUUUCGAAUGAGCGAAUUAGUUCUUGAGUAAACGGCUUUACGGUAGGACCGAGAGCAAUAGCCCCGAAAAAAAAACUUGAAAUCAGUUCGCAAUUUUAUCGUUAGUUCAACCGGAUAUCCUGGAAAUGUGCUACCAGCUUCAACACUCGACACAUAGGAAACUUUGAUUGAUGUCCGAAUAAUGUAAUCAACCACGACGAAGAGAAAAAGAAAACAUAACGAAUCGUGAAAGUGAAAAAGCCAUCGCACUGAAUUAUUUAUGAUCGAUUGUUUGGCAUAUCCGUAGCUACCAGCCAAGCAGUGGAGUGGUGAUUAUUAUUACGUAUAAUUUCGCGCGAAAUUCUAUCGAAUCCCGGUGGUGUGAACUCAUAGUUAAAAAACGAUUCGUUACCAGCUGAGGUUGAAGUGUUUGGCCUUGGAUUCACCGGUAAAAAGUUGCGUAGUACGGCGAAUUCGGCUACGGCGGGAAACAACAGAAAGUGUUUGGCACUUUUUCGAGUGGAGUUCUGCUAUCGAUCUAGUACUACCCCAAUUUGUUCAACAGUUGGCUUGCAAUCAUUGUUUCUACGGAACCAACCGAGGAAACCUUGUGAGAAGGAAUAGAGCAAAAUACUACGAAAGAUAUUAAGAAAAAUCUACGAUGUCUAUGAAACGACUGGCCGUGAUCGCUGCCGUCAGCACACACAAUAGCCUCAGCAAUCAUACGGUUUCCUACUUCAACGCCUACACCAAUCAGACAACGACCACCAACAGCAUCCGUGGAGGUUCCGGUCACAGUCACCAAGGUCUGCAAAGCAUGCGACCGGGUGCAAAUCUGCAUGGAAACGUCAAUAUCAUGCUCGGCGGAGCUAUGCUGUCGGUGGUAAUUACCGUGGUUUGUUUCGUUUGCUACUGCUGCCAUCGAAAUAUCAAGAAGCGAUCGAGCUCUGUUUAUCGACAACAAUGGCUGGAAAACGAAGCCAACAUGGAAAUUUACAGUGUUGAACAGUGUUACGACACCCCAGCAUCGAGCGCAGCGGGUGGCGGCAGUGGUAUGUUUUUGGAUAACAGCACCGGGAACGAGUACCAAUCGCUUCCGGCAAUGACCUACGGUCAUCAUCAUCAUCACCACCACCAUCUCCAUCACCACCCAAGUGGACCCCCGCCGAGCUAUGAUACGGUACUGGCGCAGGAUGAGAUGGUCGGCUCGGCACGACGCAAGAGCUUUGAUUUGGGCACGUUGCCACAACACGAUGGGGAUUCGAACACCCGCGGCGGUCCGAUCGGUAAGUUCGAUGCUCUACUGUGCGAUCUGGUUGGCAACCAGCGACGCAAACGGAACCGUCCCGUCGAACCGGAAUUCAGUGGCAUUCUUAGAUCACCGGGCUGCGGAGAGCCCACCAUGGUAACAACAACACAUGAAAAUUGCAACUGUCAGCUGGGUGAUAAUCUGCAAGUGUUCUGUCGGAACUGUGGCCAAUUUGUGGACGGUGGAGUGAUGCAAAACCAUGACAGCAACAAUACUCAUUACGGCGAUAGUAUCAUCAACAGUUGCACCACGGAGGACGAUGCAAAUUGGCUCCGGGUAGUCACUGUUGGAACUGACAGCCAACCUGACAGCACCAGUGGCUACUACGAUGGCAACGGUAACAAACAGUCAACUGACAAUGCGGGUGUCUGCACGCGGGAAAACUGCCCUACUCGCAACUUGGAAUUGAAUCAACUUUUACAAAACUCACCGUUUCACGCCGUCACUGACACCGGUGAUAAUGAUAACAAUAACAACAACAACAACAACAACAACAAUGAGCUCUAUCCGUUGGAUUGCACCAACAACAACAAUAUUAACAACAACUACAACAUCGAUGUGUCAGAUUGUAGCGGUAGUAAUCGCAAAUCCGGUGACGGCGACAGCCACGAGGAGAACAAUAACAAUAACAACAACAACAACGAUAAUAACCCUACCGCAGCGGAAACCGUCAGAUCUAGAACGGCAUUGAAUGGCAGCAUGACCGACAUUGCCGAGAAUGCUACCGGUGGCGAAAGCAUUACCGCUAAUAGUUCCACCGGUGCUAACAAUUCAGCUGUUGGGGUAGGUUCAUCCGUUAACGUGACGGGCUGUGCCGAUGCCGAUAAAUCAAGUGAUAAUGACAACGGUGUCGGGCGACGGGAAAGUGACGACACCUUCGGUAAUUUGGCCGAAAAUGGCAUCGUCCGGUUGGACAUGAGUCAAAUCAUCGACCGCACCGGUUUGCCGACGUACGAAGCUGCCCUGCGGUUGGAGUCCAGCGGGUACGUCUAGAGGCAGCUACGUCGUCACUGGUAGUGGAUUAGAUUUUUUGAGUACACUAAGGUCUUUUUUACGCAAUUUUUUUAUAAGGUUUUCUUAUGCGGCUUUUAUUUAUGCGGAUUUCCGAAGUUACGCGGAUUCUCGAAGUAACGCGGUUUUUACGAGGAUUUUCGUAGCUACGCAUUUUAUUACCCAGAUACCCGAAGUUACGCAAUUAUUUUACGCGAAUUUUCUUGUCUUGUAAAAAUCCAUGAGACCUCGAAAUCUGGUGUUAUCCCGGAACUUUCUUAAGUCAACUUCCUGACAAAAAAAUAUUUUUAGAUUAUACCAGAUGUCAAAAUUUCAUGCAUUUAUAAGAUAUUUGGCAUCUAAAAACAAUUUUCGAUUUCGGAAAUCUCAAAAUUUUUCCAGUCCCAAAGUCAAUUAAAAAAAAAGAUUCUGAGAAUAUACGUUCUAGGCAUUUCUAAAACAUUUGGAAACAAAAAAAAAUUCUCCUGUUUUUCAAUUUUUUCUUGACGGAUCUCCGUUAUGCAGUCCCAAAGUCCCAGACGAUUUUUGUAAAAAAAAAAUUUUCUUGGGAUUACACCAGAUCUCGAUGUUUCGUGCAUUUCCAAGACAUUUGGCAUCAAUAAAAAAAACUUUCGAUUUCGGAAAUCUUAAAAUUUCCCAAAGUCGAUUUAUUUUUCAAACAAUUUUUUUCUAAGAUUACACCAGAUCCGGAAGUUUCGUGCUUUUCUAAGACAUUUAGCAUCGAAAUCUCUUUAGUGGAGCGGUUUUUUUCAAUGCGGUUUUCCAAAGUUACGCGGUCCCAAAGCCCUAAAUUACAUAUUUGUCAAAAAAACAAUUUCUGGAAUUACGUUUCGUGCAUUUUCAAGACAUUUGGCAUCUAAAAAACAUUUCAAUUUUAAACAUUUUAAAAUUUUUCCAAGUACCAAAUCGAAUUUUUCAAAAAAAAAUUUUCAGGUUAAUCCAGAUCUGGACAAUACAAUUUUUAAGAUGAACAUGAA